AUGUCUUUGCAACUCAGAAUAUUACUCCUCAGUCUCUUCCUGGCGGUCGCUGCCGGGGCUGGCGAUACUUGGAGCAAGUGGAAGAACCACAACGAUAUUGUCGGUUUCCCUCAACCCCAGGCUUCAGACUAUGAGCAAAACAAAACGCGGCUGUUCAAGCCCAGGCUUCACGUUUGGGGCGGAUGUCUUCCCUACCCAGCCGUAGACUCACAAGGCUACCUCGGCUCUGGACUCAAACCAACAGGCAAGAAAAGCGGCGACUGUUGGGACACUAGUCAAUCCGGCCAGAUCUACGCCCGAACGGGCUCCAGCCAUGGCCGAGAUGCCAUCAUGUACGCCUGGUACGAACCCAAAGUCCGUUGGGCCAAGGGCAACAGCAACGGCCAUAGGCACUACUGGCGCAGCGUCGUCGUCUGGCUGACCCAGAACGGUUGCGACUUUGACAACGUUGCGGAGCUCGCGAUGGCUGGCAUCAGCUACUCCACCGAUGUCGACGCCUACGAUACCUCGAUCUCCGGCAAGACGAUCUGGACAGGUGGAGAUGGCAUGAGCCCCACCGUUUCCGACGGGAAACACACGCAUCCGCUAGUAUCAUCAUGGGGGAACAAGAACUUGGGGCCGUCGGAUGUCGGUGUGGAGGGCACGUUUUCGCAGCCCCUUAUCGACUGGACGUCGCUGAGCCAGCCUGCUCAGGAUGCGCUGAACGGCGUUACUUACGAGCACACAAAAGUGCCCUUUAGCGACGUCAACUUGCAACCCGCACUUGACGCUGCUUACAACGCUGGAUUCUAUCAUGGUCGUGCCUUUGACGACUGUCGUGAUGAUCGGGAGCCGGUGCAACAAGGUGAUGGCAAGAAUGAGCCAUUAUCAGCUAUGGAUGAUAAGGACGACAAA